AUGCCCUCACAAUCAAAUCUGAGAGCUGCUCAGGCCGUUGUUCUUUCACGCCAGCGACUUCGCCGCGGUCUCAAUCGUGAUGCUGCCGGCCGCCGAAAGAAGCCACUGACUCUUCGUGCUGCUGAAGCUCGAUAUGCCGGCUCUGCUCGUGCAUCUAUCGGCCGCAUCGUCAAGAGACUUGAGGCUGCGAAUACCGUAGAUUAUGAGGAUGUUGUUGUUGAACAACCCAUUCAGGAAAGCAUAAUAAGCAGACCCCUCUCCAAGGAAGGCGGGGGAAAAAAGUUAAACAAUACACAUACAAUUAAGGACAUCAAGGCGCACGCGAUCCGUUCAACAGUUGUCGAUCCUAAGAUGGGGCGCCCGCGGCAACUCACGGAUGAGGAAGAAGAAGCUAUCGUGUGUUAUAUCAUCUGGAUGGAAAAGUCAGGCCUGCCUGCCUCCAAGUGGGAAAUAGAAGAUGCAGCACUUACUCUGCGGCGCCGCCGUGAUCCUGAUGCGAGACCUGUGAGCAAGAUGUGGUACUCUCGCUUCCGUGAUGAUCAUCCUGAGCUUGCGAAAUCGAUAUUGAAGUCGAGAGAAGCUUCGCGUGCCGAAUAUGAGGAAGGCGGCGUUGAUGAUACGAAGGAGUGGUUCCAACGCCUCAGCGAUGUGAUGACGAAGUACAAUAUCGGUGCAUCAGAGACCUGGAAUGCAGAUGAAGCAGGAGUUAGAGUGUGA